GUGAACCUGCAUGUUGCCUCAUGCCGUGAAGUAUUUGAUUAUCAACUUGUUACAUAAGUGACUUGGUGAAUCGAAUCCUCAAAUCCCGCAGAAGGUCCUCGCAUAUACUAUAUGCCCAAUUGCACAGUGACCCAACAGUAUACUGCAAUGAAUCGGCUCUCUACUCUGGCAUCAACACUGCGACCAGUUCCUUCAGGCAACGUUGAAGAAAGCACUCAUUCUUCUGAUAAAAGCGCCACCGAGACAGGUUUGUUGCACUUUUAUCUCACGACGAAUGUUACAUUUUAACCUAGGACAAGGAUGGGGAGUAGUGAGAAAGUCACUUUUUGACAAGUCAUCGCAAGUCGCGGGCGCGUUAUAUGGCCAAGGCGCUGCAACGGUCGGCAGCCUGACAGGAAAACUUGGAUCAUUACCUGCUUCAGCACACAUGUUGUAUGGUGGAUUGCACUUUCCAAGUGUUGGAAAGUCCUGCUGGGACAAAGCUGCAGGCUUCGUUCCAAAUACCAAGGGUUGUACAGAUGUAUUUUUCCAGCGUGCCAGGGAAUUCUAUCCCUCUGACAAGAUAGCAGAAUUGAGGGCGGCUGUAGAUAGUGUCGUUGGCACAACCACGACACUCUACCAAGUCAUCAAAGAAGCUGCAAAACAACGCGGCAUUCCUCUCUGCACCAUAUUGAAAGACCUUGGAAACACUCUCAGCGUCUUAUUUGAGGAGCUCAAAGAACAGUUUCCGCCACCCGAUGAAGCUCCCGGUCAUGAAGAGCGCCUGAACAUGAUGAACACGGUUCUCGAUCGCGUUGAGGAGUGUUUUCUGCAGGUCGUCGGCAAACUCGGAGUGAGCAAUGAACUUCUCCGAAGUCUCACAGGUUCUCUCAAGACCGGUCUCAAACACGUUGUCGUGACCAUUGGAGACGUUAGCGAGCAGCAUCCAUACCUCGUGUGGGCCCUUUCGGGCAUUGUGAUUAGCAUGCUAUUUGCCGAAGGGAUUCUUCUCACGAUUCUCCGCGUUGUUGGGUUUGGACCUUUGGGACCAAUGAAGGGCGGAAUUGCUGCGUGGUUGCAAGGGUGGUUAUUUGGCCCCGCUGUGACAAAGGGCAGCUGGUUCGCGAUGCUUCAGCGCUUCGCUAUGAUGGGAGGAGCGCGGCUGUAGAACUGGUGCGAGGUUCCGUGAUCCGUGAAUGUAUGGUCCAUGACUGAAACCCUGUCACGUUUGUACAAUAUUACUUGCAUGUAGUACAUGAUUUCUGAUGCUUGAAGUUCGCUCGUUGGUCAGCGGCAUAUAUCCAUAGUAGGUAGCGGGACUUCGUGUAAUACCCGUGAGGUGAAAUUAAUGUUCGACACAGCCCUCCGAGCAACCUAGGACCCACC